CUUGUUGGAUGAAGGCGGUGCUAGUGGUGCCCAAGAAGCAGGGCCUUGCCUUUGUGGUUGUAGAAAGAGAAGAUGGCUCCCGUUCUGGAGAAACAGCUCCCGGGCGCAGCCGGGGCAGGCGACAAUAACAACGAAGACGAAGAAGGACAAAACCUCUGGACUUCGAUACUGAGUGAAGUUUCAACUCGAUCAAGUUCAAAGUUGCCAUCAGGAAAAAAUAUCCUGGUAUUUGGUGAGGAUGGAUCAGGAAAAACAACACUUGUGGCCAAACUUCAAGGAGCUGAUCACAGCAAGAAAGGGAGGGGACUGGAGUACCUGUACUUAAAUGUCCAUGAUGAGGACAGGGAUGACCUUACUCGCUGUAACGUGUGGAUCCUGGAUGGAGACCUAUACCACAAAGGGCUACUUAGGUUUGCUGUUUCAGCUCAGACACUUCCUGACUGUCUAGCUGUCUUUGUUGCGGAUAUGUCACGGCCCUGGACCAUUAUGGAGUCACUGCAGAAGUGGGCCAGUGUGCUACGUGACCACGUGGACAAGCUCAAGAUCCCACCUGAGGACAUGAGAGAAAUGGAACAGAAGAUGGUGAAAGCGUUCCAAGAGUAUGCAGAACCAGAGGAUGCCACCCCAUCAUCCCCACAGAGACGGGCCCCAACAGCAGGGGAAGACGAGGCCGUUGUACUACCACUUGGGGACAACACACUCACACACAACCUGGGCAUUCCAGUGCUAAUAGUUUGCACAAAGUGUGAUGCAGUCAGCGUACUAGAGAAGGAGCAUGACUACAGAGAGGAGCACUUCGAUUUCAUCCAGUCCCACAUCAGGCGAUUUUCCUUACAGUAUGGAGCUGGCCUGAUCUAUACAUCAGUCAAAGAGGAGAAGAACCUGGAUCUGCUUUACAAAUAUAUAGUACAUAAGAUGUAUGACUUCCAGUUCACCACACCUGCCUUAGUGGUGGAGAAGGAUGCAGUGUUCAUUCCAUCUGGGUGGGAUAAUGAGAAGAAAAUUGGGAUUUUGCACGAAAACAUCACAACAGUCAGACCCGAAGAUCCAUUUGAAGAUUUUAUCACAAAGCCUCCAGUACGAAAGCUGGUUCAUGACAAAGAGAUAAAUGCAGAGGAUGAGCAGGUAUUCCUGAUGAAGCAACAGUCUUUGUUAGCAAAGCAGCCAGCCACGCCAACAAGAGGAGCAACAGAGUCUCCAGGACGAACAGCCUCAGGGUCUCCUAGGCCCGCAGGUCGCGCCGGCCAACCCACUGUGACUAGCGGCUCACCAAUGUCUGCUGUCAAAAAGCCUGACCCUAACAUGAAAGCGGGGGCUGCCAAUGAGGGAGUGCUGGCUAACUUCUUCAACAGCCUGUUGAGUAAAAAGACUGGAGCUCCAGGUAGCCCAGGAAGUGGAGCUGUUGGAGCUGGAGUACAAGGGUCGGCCAAGAAAACAGGGCAGAAGCCGGGUUUGACUGAUGUCCAGGCCGAGUUGGACAGGAUGACUCGCAAACAAGACUCCAUGGUUUCAGCUAACAACAUACCACCGCCGACAGAGAACGAAGCGUGAAGGCAACAAAAACAGCUACAUCGUCCACUGCAAAUACUCUGGAAAAAAAUACAUGUACAUGUGAGCAUAAAAAAUUGACCAAAUUCCCAAUGUCUAUAUCAGUCAGCACAGUGGUUUCACCAAAAUGAGUUUCAGAUGCUAUCCGAUAUUUUGGUGUUCUGGUGAGAUGGGAAGAGAUGAUAAGUGCUGAAGGCUUGUCUUUAAUUCUGUCCUCUCUUCCGCUGUAAAUGUUAUUUUGUGAGGGGUGUUCGUUUUAUGGAAAUGCGUGCACACUCCCUGGCAGCCAGCCUGAUGUGCUGGGUUGCAGGUCCCCCAGUUUCUGGGGUAUAACACCAUCCUCAUGGGUUUAAUGAGUGGAAAUAUUACUGGUCCUGUGGCCUCUGGUUCAGCUUAUCUCAUGGAAGGAAUUUGGUUGCGAUUGGAAGGGUAUUUAAACUUUAAAUAUAUUCAUUGAGAAAAGUGAUUCAAAUACUUGCAAACAUAUGUAGUAUGUAAAAAAUGUUAGAUAUGAUACUGAUGUAUUUAUACAAAGUUCCUCCUUUUUAUUUUAUUUUGUGCACCAUUUAUCGGUUUAAGGAAACAUUCAUCUGUAUCACCUAACAUGUUAAAAUGCCACUGACGUCAUGACACUAAUAUGACAUGUCCAGAUAGCUGAUCGCAUAUCAUAUCAUUUCCCCUAAUCAUCUCGAAGGAUCCUGUAAAUAUAAAUACAAACAAAUCUAUUCAGGUUGACUCUGAUUUUGUACAAAAUGCAAUUCUGUCCAAAUUCUGAAAAUAGCUACUUUUGACUAAUUGAGACUGGUUGGGAUUUGACAGGUUUAGAGGUUGCAACAGAAUCGCUUCUUUAGCUACAGGUGUGUAUAUUUGGGGAGGGGCUUGGGCAGCAUCUUUCCUACUAUAACUCCUAAGUGCCUCGCACAGUUAGCUGUUUGUGUCAUAGUAGAGGUGCUUGUCUACAUAAGAGGAAAUGCACUGUAGCACAAUCGGUUAAAAGGUUUUUGUCCAUUUCUUGUCAUCCAAAUAAUUUAUUUUGUUUUACAUUUUUGUUAAUGUACAACAAGCCUGUGGUCUGUUAUUUUUCAGAAAUGAGAUUUCUGUGGCUUAGUUGAUAGUGUUCAAUAGAGCAAUAGAUUGAAUGCCUUCAUACAAACUUUAAAGGCUGCUGAUAUUAAGAAGAUACCACAUGACGGAACCUUUGGGUCCCCCAAACGAACACCUACUGUGGUUGAAACCACUCGCUUUGCAGCCAAAAGACACACAAUGAUUUGUUGUGGUGUGAAUUAAAUUAGAUAUUGUAUACUUCAGUGUUUGACAGCACUGUCCUCCUUUGGUUUCACAUAUUUUAUUCUCACUGUACCUCACAUGUCAGUUAAAACAUUCCCAGUUUCUACAUGAAGUAGCUGUAGAAACCCAUCUCUGUAGGAAACCUGUUUGUCCAGUUAGGUCUUUUUGUUCGCUCUCUUUCAGUGCCCAUUUAAAAUUACAACCUUUGCCUUCAAUGUACAGCUAACAGUUUGUCACACUGGGCCCCCUGCCUUCACAGGAAUGCUCCUAAUUAAUUUGUGUGUCCUUAAGGGGUUGCUUAAUUGUCUUAUGUAAUUUCUCUUCUUUAAAAAAAAUAAAAACCAUUAUACUGUACCAUAUCAAAUAAUCUGUAAUAGUAUUUAUGGUUUCAUGAAACCAUAAUCUAAGCAGAAUUAAAUAAGUGUACAUUAUCAUUCUUAAAUCUGUAUGCAAGGCCCUACUUAAUCCUAUGGAUAGUGUGUAAUCAGUAGCUUUCACAGAAUUAAUGGCAAGUGUCAAGAGAGCAGCUAUUUGCUAUUAAAAUAAUGGCAAAAAAGGAAAACUGGAGUGAAUUGGAACGUGGAACCAAAGAUGCAUAUUAGUUACUAUUUUCUGCUUUUAUAGUCUGUUAUCAUCCAUAAGAUUAACCAGUGGCCAUUGUUUGUCCUACUCUUGCAUGGAGCCCUUGCAUUCCAAACUUCAGAUCUACCUAUGAACUUUUUUGAGCAACACCCUAUAAAAAUGGUAGAAAUGCCUUACUCCACUCAACCAUAUCCGGGGUUCUCCAGAGUCAAAGGAGAAAAAAAAAUCCACAAUACAGUCAAGGUUCAACUUUUUUUCUUUUUUUUGCUCUGUAAGGGAAUAACCACAAGACCAUAUUGGUGUACAGUCUACUUUAUGCAUGAUUUGUUGUCAAAAUGAUGCUACACGUGUUCUGGAUUCAGUUUUGAUCAAAAUGACGCUCUUAUUAUUUUAGUUUUUCCUUUUUUUUUUGUGACUGGGUGGAAUGUGCACCUGAGGGUCUGUUGCCGAAGUGGAUGAAGCACAAUUUAAGAACAGCCAGGAGCAGUACCUCCACAUGUUGAAAUAAGCACUUUUCCUUGGACACUUGUAUCAAUUCACUGUUGGUACAGUUAAAGAUACAGAAUGCAUUUUUUUCUCUUUGCCUUGCCUUUUUUUUUUUUUUAGAAUAUUUAGUAAUUACCUAGAAGUUAACCUACACAGUAAAACUUUUUAUUUAUCUGCAUUUGCUGCUUAAGUUAUGGAAAGUGCCCCUGGUGGUUAACUAUGGAAUAACCCCUUUCUGCUGGUGAUAUUGUUCAUUUAAUAUCAAUCCUCUAGAAACCAUUGUCCUUACACCUCCUCGCUAGGGAUGUUUUGGGGGCAUCUUGAAGUAGAUAAACCAAAUAAAUGUCCAUUCAUUUUCAGGUUUCCCCCCCUCCCCCCCAUCCCCUUGUAUGUGUUUACAUCCUACUUAGACAUGUUUUGUUUUUGUUGUUAGAUAUGGUUUUGCCCAUAGACACUUUUGUUUAAAGAAUUUCAAAAUGUCACCCUCGCCUGAUUGAUCACACUUCCUCUUAAACAUGGCCAUACUUGUUCAAAUUUGGCAUUUUAGCUGAGUGGAAUGAAGUGCUCUCAUGCUGCUUGGUUUCAAAGUUGCACUUGCUCUUUGUAAAGAUUGGCUGUUGCUCUCAAGAUUGAGUAUUGAACAUAUGUUGUAACUUUUUUACUCAAACGCCAGUUGAAAGCAACUGGCUCUUCUCAUCCUAACUGAAUUGCCUUCGACCACUAUCGACAGUCUACAUCUGUAUGAGACUUUGAGCUUCUGCUUCCAGUCCUUUUGUAUUCAGGAUAUCAAGACAUUGUAAGCACAUGGCCGGCUGCAUUUUUGUGUCCUGAAUUAAUUCAGAAGUUUGAUUGUAUGACUUUAACACAAUUCUGUAGCCUCUAAGCUGCCAUGUGGAUUCUAGCUUCUUACGCCGACAAAGUUAAGGAAAAUGUUUAUCAGACCCCUGGCUUCAAUAAAAUCAAGAAUCCAAA